AUGGGGAAAGAACUAGCUUUCCUUGGCUCGGAGUUACCAGGUAUUGAGAGUGCUGGUGACCUAACUUUUGACAAUGUGGUCACUUGUAGAGCCGUCAAAGCAAUCCCUGGGAAAGAUGCUUCUAUUACUGUAAAGUAUCAAGGAGGUAAACAAUCCAUUGUCCCAAUACUUAUCUUCCGUUAUAUAUACAUUGAUAAAUUUGAUUGGAUCCCGGAUUGGGAUAAGUUUGUCGCUUCCAAAGAUCAUGGUUUCCUCAAUGAGGAGAACGCUAAAUUUGAAGUUAAGCCUAAAGAGGAUGGUUUAGUAUUUCUUAACUCAGUCGUUAGUGCAGCAGAACCUGAAGUCAAACUCAAUGUGACUGAGUCUGGUAUAUAUUGUUUGUACGCACGUCCAGCAGCAUCUGACCAUGAGUUCACGGUAUCAGCCUUGGCACACAAUUCAUAUGGAUAUCUUAUCUAUCCCGCUUAUUUGGUCUACACCCAAUUGAAAUAUUACAUAUUUUUGGGUCUUAUACUCUUCGGAUUAUUAUUCAAUUACAUUCUUAGAUUUAAAGUUGGUGAUGACUUUACAGAUUUGAAUUCAAUUUCAAUUAUUUCCAAAGCUACUUUGUUUUAUGUUUUGGCCCCAGCAAUUGGUAUUUCUUUCUUGCAAAUGUGUGGAGGUUUUCUUGCCAACAAUUUCGAGUUCUUUAGUGGACACCAUCCAAUUGUAUUGAUGGUUCCAGCUUGGUUACAAGCUACCUAUGAGAUUGCGUUAAGAUUUUUUAUUUUACUCUUCUCAAUGGGUUAUGGAGUAAUUUACUGCCAUGGGCAAGAUUCACAGAAAUAUCGUAGAAUUCCAGAUAAUUUGUGGAAGAGAGCAACUACUUUACUUUCCAUUAAUUUUGUGACGUACACGGUAUAUGUCUUGAUGGACAAGUUUUUUCCUUUAAAAGAAGGCGUUGUGACUCCUUCUGGUAUAAUUUCCGGAUUAGAGUUAAUAUUGAGAUUUGCUUACUUACUCUUUCCUAUGAUCUGGUUUGUAUUCACAAUAAUCCACUAUUUCCGUACGAAGCAGACGAUUUCUAAAUUCCCCGUCACUUCAAAUGUGGACGAAAAUGAUAAAUUAUUGGGUGCCUUUAGAAAAUCUAUAUCUGUUAUCUUUAUAUUGCCAAUGGUGGUAGGCAUUUUGGCAGGUAUUAUAACUGGAAAAAAGCUAAUGGCAGACUCAAUUCUUCCUCCGUAUGGUGCUGAAGGAAGGGAGUUGGAUGCAUUCUAUGCUAAGUUGAUCGAGUCUGUAUUCUUCAACGAAAAUUUUACAUAUGUCAUGGUUUGGACUUCAUUCUUAACUGUGUUUGCUACAAUUGGAGGAAUAUUUGCAAUCUGGACGAAGAACAAUUAUGGAAUCAUUCUUGAAAGUAAAGAAGAUAUGUUUGACCAGGCUCCUGCUUACAGUGAUAUUGAUAGUGUGGAGCCAUAG